CGGUCCUUUCCCCAAAAAACAGGAAGUGGGAGCGAUAUCGCAUAGAUUGAAAGCUCUUGCAGUAAGUUACUCCACUGUCUGGACAAGCUAUAUUGAAAGUCUGGCGGAGUCAGUAGUGUUAGUGUUUUUAUUCAAAGAGAAAUUCAACCAAAUAGAAGAUUGAUGUCAUUUGGUGGAACGCAAAACGGCGGUCGCCGUAGUAAAUGGGACCAGCCGGGCCCAGGUCCUGGUUCAGACCAGAUGGGGGAGGCGGAGGCGGCUCCUACAGGGGCUCUGGACGCUGCAGCUGCUGUGGCAGCUAAGAUCAACGCCAUGCUGGUAGCCAAGGGCAAGCUCAAGCCCUCCCAGAUAGGACCAUCUGGACCAUUUGGACCCCCAGACAAGGUUGUGGGUGUAGGGAAGCCCCAGCCUCCUAUGAAAGCGAAGGAUGACCUGGUGGUGGCGGAGGUGGAGAUCAACGACGUUCCUCUCCCCUGCCGGAACCUGUUGACCCGCGGACAGACACAGGACGAGAUCAGCAAAGUGAGCGGUGCUGCUGUGUCCACCAGGGGGCGAUACAUGGCAGCAGUGGAGAAGUACAAGGCUCCACAAGGGGACCGACCCCUCUAUCUCCACGUCCAGGGCCAGACCAGGGAGCUUGUCGACAGAGCUGUGAACCGCAUCAAGGAGAUCAUCACUAACGGAGUGGUGAAGGCGGCCACCUCCUACAGCGGAACCGGAGCCACAGUCCCAGUCUACCAGCAACACAAAUCCCAGCCCCCCAUCAACCACCAUCACAGACCACACUUCCAGUCGGGGAUGCACUAUGUGCAGGAAAAGUUGUUUGUGGGUCUGGAGCAUGCAAUCCAGGGCUUCUCAGUGAAGGAGAGGGUGGAAGGGCCAGGCAGCUCCUACCUGCAGCACAUCCAGGGUGAGACUGGGGCCAAGGUCUUCCUCAGGGGGAAGGGAUCAGGCUGUCUGGAGCCCGCCUCUGGGCGAGAGGCCUUCGAACCGAUGUACAUCUACAUCAGUCAUCCCAAACCAGAGGGCCUUGCUGCAGCUAAGACCCUGUGUGACAACCUGCUGCAGACGGUUCAUGCAGAGUAUUCUGUCUUCCUCAACCAGAUGAGUGUCAUGAUGCCUACUCCCGGCUUUAUGCAUCCCCCCAUGGCCAACGGGAUGCCCCCCCAGCCCCCUUACUACCCCCCAGCGGGGUACCAGCCCAGCUACCCCCUCCCUGUACCUCCCCCUCAGCCCAUUCCUCCCCCCUACGCUGUCCCCCCUCCCAUUCCCCCUGGGGUGCCUGCCGGUCUCCCCCCUCCCAACCGGUACGCCCUCCCCCCUGCACCUGUCAGUUUACCACAGACUCUCCCACCUUCUCCUUUCCCACCCGCUGCUCCAGUUCCGCCCAAAGCUCCGCCUCCCGUAGUCUCAGCCAAUCCACCGCAGAAAAGACGCUUCACCGAGGAGGUGCCAGACGAGAGGGACAGCGGUCUGCUGGGAUACCAGCAUGGACCCAUUCAUAUGACUAAUUUAGGUGCAGGCUUCCCUGUGGGCAGCCCCGGCCCAGAGGCUUCAGGACCCCCGCCACCGAGUUCCUCCGGGCAGCCGAGGGAGAGGGACAGCAGUAGGCAGCUGAUGCCUCCACCACCUAUUCCGAUGAACGGAGGCAUGACACCCAAGAUGGAGGAGAGGAGGCCGCUGCAAGGCCCCCUGGUUUUUCCAUCUCUCUCAGAUCCCUCAGUGAAGAGGAUGAAGACGGGGCUCGUGGCGUACGCUGGUGACUCCUCGGACGAAGAGGAGGACCACUCCACCCCCAAAACAUUGGGGGCAGGUAACCAUGGUAACAUCGCUGGGGCGACCCACUCCACCCCCACAUCAUCCUCGGGCUGGACUCUGGGGUACCGCUGCCCCCCUCCGCCUCCCCAACGUGCCAAAACACAGCAGGCACAGUCACAGCAGCCCAUGCCCUUCUGGAUGGCCCCAUAACACAGGAGUAUUAAACAUACUCCCUCCCCUGACUCCUAGGGCCUUUUGGAGGGUUCCAUAAUGAUGUUUUACACCCCAAACUGAGCCCCAGUCCCCCCUCUUCCCCUUUCCCCUGAACCAUCACUCCUACCUGCUCCUCUACUUGAUAGAAUUUAUUUUGUGAUGACUUAGAUUUCGUUAAAACAGUUUUGCCAUGCGCUCAGCAGUAAAGCAGAGUCUGUAAAAUGGACUAAACAGACCGGCUGGCUGAUACAAAGAGAACAGACUCAACCGGCCAACCAGGCACAACCAGGAGACUGACGGACUGGAUACAUGGUGACAAGCAGCAAGAUGCCCCAGACUUCCACACAGAUUCAAGUGUACUCUGAACUCUGUAUAGGAGAGACAGCUGAGGAACAGACACUAAUGGAGGGUAAUAGUGGCCUGUUUCUGGUUGAUUUGGAAUGUGUCCACUCCUGGUUUUACUAGUGUAGGAAAGCACUGAGGUAGAAGAGAUUUCAAUGCAUUCUAAAUGAUUUCUUUGUUAAAAAAUAUAUUUCCCCCAUCCCCAUUUUCUAUUUUUGGUCCAAAUCUUAAUCAAAUCUCCCUCUUCCUUCAUUGAGUACAGAUCAUACAAACAUGCUCGUUGGACUUUUAGAAAAUGCAAUUGACUCAACUGUUCUAAUGCUUUUGUGGAAUAAAUUAGCAUUAUCUCUGUG